UUUUUGGCAUUGAAAAUCUGAUGUGAUGAUGACGCAGUGUAGGGGCGACCGGUGCAAUCUGAUUGGACGCUGCCGUAGCAAAAUGACCACUUUUAGCUGAGAAAAAAAAUGUACUUGGACCAACCUUGAGAUUUUCACCGACACGGGUAUUCAGGAACCUACCAAGAGCAGCUACAGCAGCAGCACCAGCAGAAGCAACAAGCGUUGGACCCCCGUGGGUUGGCCUGGCCCGGCUGGCCCUGGUGGGCCGGUGCGGUCCCCCCCGCUGCCGACUCCUGCUGCACCGACAUCUGCCUCUUUCGCAUCUCCAUCGGCUCUGAUCCCAUGGGCUGUGGGAGAGGGAAAUGAGCAUAGUGAUGUGCAAAGAUGCCACGAUACCACGACGACAACUGUAACAACAUUUCUCCUCGUAGCGCCAGGCGCCGCGGUGGAUCAGCUGGUAAAACGUUGGCCUCACAGUUCUGAGGACCUGGGUCCGAUCCUGGCCCCGCCUGUGUGGAGUUUGCGUGUUCUCCCCGUGCCUGUGUGUGAUUGUGAGUGCGGCUGUUUGUCUCGAUGUAUCCUGCGAUUGGCCUCCUGCCCGUUGACAGCUGAGAUAGGCUCCAGCACUCCCUGCAACCCUCGUGAGGAUAAGCGACAAAAGAAAAUCGAUGGCUGGAUGUUCAAAAACGAUGCCUGCAGUGAAAGGCCCGAACGUCCCAACAAAAGGUGUCAUCAGCAGGAGAUCCGCACGUGACUACUUGAUUGUUCCCAGUCACAUGAUCCAGCCUGACGUCAUCGCCGUCAGCUGAGCAAGGACGCUAGUCCGAUUGUGUCCGCCCGAAAUUCUGUCUCGAAGAAAAUGGACAUCCGCGGGGCCGUGGACGCCGCCGUCCCCACCAACAUCAUCGCCGCCAAGGCGGCGGAGGUUCGUGGGAAUCCGGUCAACUGGCAGUCGUACCUGCAGAGUCAGAUGAUCUCAGCAGAAGACUGCGAAUUCAUAAAGAAGUUUGAGGUGGCCCACUCUGAAGAGAAACAGCUCCUUCUGACUAAAGAAGGACAUCAGUGUGCAAAGACCUUUCUGAACCUGAUGGCCCACAUCUCCAAGGAGCAAACCGUCCAGUACAUCCUGACACUCAUCGAUGAUACACUGCAGGAGAAUCAUCAAAGGGUGAGCAUCUUCUUCGACUAUGCAAAGAAGACCAAAAACACAGCCUGGUCCUAUUUUCUCCCGAUGCUGAAUCGCCAGGACCUCUUCACCGUCCACAUGGCGGCAAGGAUCAUCGCCAAGUUGGCCGCUUGGGGCCGCGACCUGAUGGAGGGAAGUGACCUGAACUACUACUUCAACUGGAUUAAAAGCCAGCUCAGCUCCCAGAACCUUCACGGUACAGGUCCAGAUGCCGUCUCCGGAGCUGGAACUAUUUCCCCCAGUGAAAGCUCUCAGUAUGUGCAGUGCGUGGCCGGCUGCCUUCAGCUUAUGCUGAGAGUCAACGAGUACAGGUUCGCCUGGGUGGAGGCCGACGGGGUUAACUGCAUAACGGCAGUGCUGAGCAACAAGUGCGGCUUCCAGCUCCAGUACCAGAUGAUCUUCUGCGUGUGGCUCCUUGCCUUCAGCCCACAGCUCUGCGAGCAGCUGCGACGUUACAACGUGGUGCCGGCCCUGUCCGACAUCCUCCAGGAAUCCGUCAAGGAGAAGGUCACCCGGAUCAUUCUGGCUGCCUUCAGGAAUCUCCUGGAGAAGUCAUCGGAGAGGGAGACUCGCCAGGAGUACGCGCUGGCCAUGAUCCAGUGCAAAGUGCUGAAGCAGCUGGAGAACCUGGAGCAGCAGAAGUACGACGAUGAGGACAUCACCGAGGACAUCAAGUUCCUGUUGGAGAGGCUCGGGGAGAGCGUUCAGGAUCUCAGCUCAUUCGACGAGUACAGCUCCGAACUCAAGUCAGGCCGCCUGGAGUGGAGCCCGGUGCACAAGUCCGAGAAGUUCUGGAGGGAGAACGCAGUCCGCCUCAACGAGAAAAAUUAUGAGCUGCUCAAGAUUUUAACAAGGCUCCUGGAAGUGUCCGAUGAUCCUCAAGUCAUAGCGGUGGCGGCCCACGACGUCGGCGAGUACGUGCGGCACUACCCGCGUGGCAAACGCGUGAUUGAGCAGCUGGGCGGAAAGCAGCUGGUGAUGAAUCACAUGCAUCACGAGGACCAGCUCGUGCGCUACAAUGCCCUGCUGGCCGUGCAGAAGCUCAUGGUCCACAACUGGGAGUACCUGGGCAGGCAGCUGCAGUCCAGCGACCAGCAACAAGCUCCGGCUGUGGCGGCUCGAAGCUGAACUGGACACCGUUUGUGUGUGCGUGUGUGCGCUCUCUCUAUUUAAUGACUCAUAAAGUGAUGCAAGUGAUCGUUCCUAAUUAACCUCUCGUGUUGUGAAGUGCGACGUCCGUGAUUAAAUGUACAAAAGUUAUUUAAAUCUUGCCCGCCAAAGAAUGUAUGUGCUGUCCCCUUCAUAAAGUUGAUUAAGUGGGCCACUUGUGAG